AACACUUACUAAAUGAACAACGAGGAUUAUCUGUAAUCUAAAUCCUGUGUGGAAAGCUUUAACAUGAACUUAAUUAAAGCUGAUGGAAUUCAAGUAUUUCCUGUUCCUUCAACUUACCUUUCUUGCAUACAGUAGAAAAUAUUUGAAUGCUUCAACAGUGUUAAGUCUUUACCUUUUAAUAAUUGUACAGAAGUAUAUGAUGCAGUUUAAAAGAAAGUGAAACAUUCCACUGUUUUUCUUAACAGUGAAAGGGUAUGAAGCAGUAAUUGAAAGCAGUGGUUAAAGUAUUAGAGUGAUGAGUUCCCACUUGACUUGGCUUCAUUGGAUGGUAUAAGGCCAGUAACUUAAAAGAGAGAAAUGAGACUUUUAGCCACAAAAGAGGCAGCGUACACUUGAAGGGAUUUAUUUUUUCUAGAAUUCAUUUUAAAACUAACUCAGCCAUGGAAAAUACAAGUUUAGGAGUCCUAUAUUUGUUUUAUUAAGACCCGUGGGACUGAAUUCUGAGUAAACAUAUAUAGGCUUUGACUGUAUAGUGACUAAGAUUUGUUCUUAGUUUUCCAAAGUCUUGAAAUAUUUCCUGCCAGCUAAUUACUGUUUAUUGCAGCUAACCUUAGUCCUCAAAUAGUAACUUUUUCCAUCUUAAAGUGGGUUGUCCUAUUCAAGUGAAGACUUUGUUGUCUGAGUGCUAAAUGGAGUUACUAGCAAUGGAAACUAUGCUGCAAGAGGAGUUGAUAAAGCAGCUGCCUAUGAAAACCUUGGCUGUUUUUUCCAUACUCCAAAGCAAAGUUAAUUAGCAUAGGGAAACUGACUAACAUGCUUACGUCACCUCUUUCCAGCUGAAGCUUACAUUUUGUCCCUGACAGCCUGAAACUAUGUGGCAGAACUUUGCUCAGGAAUUUGGUGUCACAUACAGGAUGCUCUAAAACUUGGGGUGUUGGAUUUUUUUGUUCUUGCCGAGGGGCUGGACUUCAGUCUCUUUUAUAAGCUGUCUUUCCAGUACUGAACUGCUUCUUCAAAAAGUGUUUUUCUUGGUCUUGUGCUAAGCUCCUGGCAGUCUUUACAAGAAAGCAAAAAUGCAUUUCAGGAACUUUGAUUACAUUUUUGGUUCCUUGAUUGCUUGUGUUGCAGACAACAAGAUUUUCAAUCAACCUGAAAUUAGGGGCAGAUUUGAAGCUCUGUUUAGAACAUAUGACAAAGAUGUCACCUUUCAUUAUUUCAAGAGUUUUAAAAGAAUAAGGCUGAACUUCAGCAAUCCUUUAUCAGCAGCUGAAGUUAAAAUUCGGUUACACAAGUCAGAAUUUCUUGGAAAGGAAAUUAAACUAUAUUUUGCUCAGAGAUUGCAUAUUGGAAAUACACACUUAGCACCACCUGAUCUACAGAAACAAUUCCUGAUCUCUCCUCCAUCAUCUCCUCCUGUUGGUUGGGAACAAGCAGAUGACGCUACACCUGCUAUUAAUUAUGAUCUUUUAUACGCAAUUUCCAAAUUAGGACCAGGAGAUCAGUAUGAACUUCAUGCUGCAACUGAAACUACUCCUAGCGUGGUGGUCCAUGUAUGUGAAAGCAAUGAGGAACUUGAGUCAGAUGAAUCAAUGGAAAUAGUCAAGAAACCAAAGCCAAAAAUUAUUAAUACUAGGCGGCCAGACUAUACUCCAACUUAUCAAAGCUGAACUAUAUAAAGUUCUCAGUUCCAAACUGACAUGCUCAAGGAGACUUUGAAGAGAUAGCAGGCCACACUUUCAUGACGCUAGAGAUGGAAGCAGAAAUUUUUAUAUAAAAUUUCCCUUUUCGGAAAGGGAAGUUAUCAUUUGCUUGUUGAAUGGCUCAUGAGACAGAUUGCGGUAUGAACUUUCUGAAUGGUUGUCUUGGAGAAUAAUCAAACUGGGGCAUUGGAAGCAGAAAUAUAUACUUUAUAUUUAGGGAAUUAUUCAGAUACUCCAGAUAUCUGAAAUCUAGCACGAUGCCUUCCCUGUUAAUAUAUUCAUUCUGUGAAAAAUUCCUCUAAUUCAUGAGACAAUUAUAUUGUAUUUCUAAAAUACAGUCACUAGUGAACACAUUGGAAUAAAUGAGUCAUAGAAAAGUGUGUUAGGAAUUUCAGCUGGCAUAAUGCAUCUGGAAAUACAGCGAAAAGUUUUAAACAUGAAGUAAUAAAAUUGUUAGUCAUUUUCCAUAUUAGAUUUUUGUGCAUGCAUAUAGAUCUAAAACAGUAAACUUGUUCAAAUUGAUCUGUACUUUUAAUUUAUGUUAAAAAAUAAUUUCAGAUAUUCAGCUUUCUUUCUGAAUUGUUUGGUUUUUUAGUAGGGACACUUUCAGUACAACGCCUUUAAGCUUAGUGAAAUAAUGUUUCUUAAUGUUAAUUGCCAAUGUAUGGUUUUGUAGAAAAUGUAUAAAAUAUCUGUGCAUUCUUUCAAUGGAUGAAUUACUUUAAAUUAUUCUAAAAAGAAAUAUUUAUAUUGGUUUAAGCUGCCUUGACUUCUUUAUUGACCAGAAGGAAAAGGAAUUGCAAAUACUGUUACAGUUUUCUCAACGGUUGAGAGGAUAUAAGCUUGUAUUGUCCUAGUCACAAAUGUAUACAUUUAUAACUGUUGCUGUUAAGUGUUGUUAAAGUUGCUUGAGUAUAUUUAUCUUGUUAAGAAACAUGAAUUCUGCCUUUUUUCUCCUCAUGAAUUUCGAGAGAUUGUUGCAACAAUUGAAUGCUUAUUUCAUUCCCAACCACUCCCAUGGCAGUAACUGAUUGAUAGAACUGUAUUUUGCUUAAAUAAUCCUAAACCAGAGAUUUCCAAACUUUCUUGACUCACAGCUCUAUUCGUGUCACGGUAAUUAUUUCAAGGCAGCUCUAGACCAAAAGAAAUAUUUAACAAUUUCAUUUAUUAAGUAGUUAGGUUCAAACAGUAAGAUGUUAUGUCCUAACAACUGAAUAGUCAUUUGAAAAAUAAUACACGUAAAUUCCAAUGUUUUUUUUUAAUUAUUUUUAAAUAACCACAAUUACUAAAGGAAUCUGUGCAUGUUUGGGCACACAACUUCUCAAAUCUUGGAAUCAGAUUGGACACCUCCACCCUCAUUUCCUGUUCCACAUUGAUUUUCACACAAUACCUGCUUUUUCAGAGCAACUGCCAAAAAAAUCAGCUUCAUAAAUAUUACACGUUGCAAACCCCAACUUUGCAAAUAAAUGAUGCCCCUGUGAGUUUGUUAACAGCACACAGCUUGGGAACUAAACUAUAAUUCCAAAUACAUCAUUCAAAGUCACAAUGAUUUUCCUUAAUACAUUGUGGUAGAUACUUUACUCCUUAUUUAUUCAUUUACUUAUUUAUUUAUUUACUUACUUGCUUGCUUACUGACAUACUAUUCUUUAUUAGGGCUAUGCAAAUUACAGAAAUAAUUCAGACCUUAUACCCUUAUAGCAUCUUUCUGCCAUUUUCUACAAUAGCUCAAUUUAUUUAAUUCUUCCAUAUGAGCCUAAAAAGCAAUGUGGCUGCUUUAAGAAUCAUGUUAAUGUUAAUGAAUCAAUCCUUUAAAAUAGCCAUUUUGUUUCAGGCCUCUACAGAAGCCUGAAAAAAAGUCUGUUUUUCCGAAUAGUAGGUGCAGAGUUUGUACAAGAUCUGAAAUAUUUCUUCCAAACUAUUAUUGAAGGAUGCAUUGUAGCCCAAUUAGCUAUCACUGAAAGCCAAACUGCCCUCAACUGCCAAAUGGCACCACAUUGUAAAUGUUUCUAGGUAAUCCCUUGAUAAUAGAGUCUCAAGUGGAUUUAAAAAGCUUUAAACAAAAUACAUUUCACAAUCUGCUGACUAUGAAAAAGUCCUUUUUCAGCUUUUAUUUUCAGGAUGCUCACAUUUUUUAAAAAAUUCCUGGUUGGCAUUUGUUGUUGCUUUGUUUUGUUUACAGAUGUCAGUGGGAGACAUGAUGAAAAGAAGCUAUUCUUUAGUUACAAAGUAUGAUACAAGGCUUUCCACUUUAGAAGAGACAUAGCUAGUGUGUAAUAAAUAGCAUUAUAAAGCCAGCAGUACAGAAUGUCUUGUAUUUGUAAUAUUCUAGUUGUGCCCUAUAUACUUGAAAAAUCUCUCUUAAAUGUAUGCUGAAAGCUCUGAGGACUAGAAGAUACCAAUUGUUCAUAUUUCACACCAAAAUGUUAAACAUGCUGAGUGUAUUGUAUAUAUUGAUCAGAAUGUGGAACUUUACAUCUCUGUGCCUGAAUUUACCAGUUCAAAAUAAGGCAUCUGUAAUGCUGGCAGGAUCUGGAACUCUUGAACAGGUAUACUCCAAUGUUUUGCUUCUGUUUUGUGUAACUUAAUUGAUUAAAAAAUUAUGAACAGUCCUUUGUUCUUGCCAAAUAUUAUGCUCAAGAAAAUAUACUUUUCAGAUUUGGGGUUGUUAUUAUUUUCGUUACAUUUGGAACUAAGAUUCCUCAUAAAAAUAACUAGUAAAAGAGAAACAUGUCUUCUUUAGUUGUCACUAACAUGUAUAAAAGAAACUUACAUAAAUUAGAAUAUAAAGUUAAAUUUACAAGCAGUUAUUAAAAAUAUAAGAAGAAUUAAGUUUUCAGAAUUUUAUUUAAUGUGUCCCAUGCUUAUUAUUUGCAUGACAGGUAAUAAGAAUUAUUUGGAGUACCUCUCUUGUCCUGCAGGGAGUGCUAAAUACCCAAUAAUAUAGCAUUAAUUGCUAUAAUAAGCUGGUGAAACUAACCUGCUAAGAAUCCUAAUUGCAAAUAAAAAAACUACUUGAGUAAAAGCAACUUUCAUAAACUUUGAGAUUGCUUAGAACAUUCCAUUUCUAUACAAUUUUAUCUAGAAAGCUCAAAACAAAUGCAUGAUAAAUUCCAUUAUGAUGCAUAUUAAAUGUAUUUUACCAUCCCUGUCUUAUUCCGAGGAAGCGGAUAGCCAUGCACAUUAUGAUUCCUAUUCCUAUUACCCACACCACUGACUUAUUAAACUUAAUAUUAAAUAAUGUAAUGUAAUAAUAUUUUUGAUAACAUGCAUAAAACAUCAGUGGUCCAGUUUUAUUAAGUGACAUUUUCUCACAAAAAAUGUUAAGCACCCCAAAAGUGCUACAUUUGAUUUUUCUCUUUUUAAGGAAAAAUAGCUGUUCUAUAUUUGCUCAGAUGAGAAAGAAUACAUUUGUUUUGUACCCUUUUUAUCUGCUUAUUGUGACCCAAUCCUGGAAAAAUAAAAUAAUGAUUUUUGUUGA